CACCCACACAACUUCACUUCUAGCUACUUGUCUCCUCUCUCACAAUCCCUGCAAAACCAGGACAUCUUAGCAGCGAGCCACUGUGGAAAAAAAGCAAUGACUUCCAAAUCCCAGCUCCUAACCUUCGCUGCUAUUUCAGUUCUCACCUCGCUCCUCCAUCCUUGCGCUUCCGUCGAGUUUCACCGCAAGCUCUCCAGCUGGUCCAACGGCGGCGCGACGUGGUACGGCGCCGCUAAUGGGGCAGGAAGCGAUGGUGGCGCCUGUGGGUACCAGGGUGCCGUUGACCAGGCGCCGUUCUCGUCCAUGAUCACCGCCGGCAGCCCUUCCAUCUAUAACUCUGGCAAGGGUUGCGGCUCAUGCUUCCAGGUGAAAUGCACGGGUAACGAUGCUUGCUCCGGCAAUUCAGUGACCGUCGUCAUCACCGACGAAUGCCCCGGCGGCCCCUGCCUGAACGAGCCGGUCCACUUCGACCUGAGCGGGACGGCGUUCGGCGCCAUGGCGAAGCCAGGCCAGGCCGACCAGCUGCGCGGCGCCGGUGUUCUCCAAAUCCAGUACACCCGCGUGCAGUGCAACUGGCCCGGAGUACAGUUAACCUUCGUCGUGGACUCCGGCUCGAACCCGAACUACUUUGCCGUGCUCAUCAAGUACCAGAACGGCGACGGCGACCUCUCGGCCGUUGAGUUAAUGCAAAAUGAGUCCGGGGCGGCGUGGACGUCGAUGCAGCAGUCGUGGGGAGCCGUCUGGAAGCUCAAUGCCGGAUCAGCCUUGCAGGCGCCCUUCUCCAUCCGCCUGACGUCCAGCUCCGGCAAGCAGCUCGUCGCCAACAACGUCAUCCCUGCCGGGUGGAAGCCCGGCGCCACCUACCAGUCGGUUGUCAACUACUAGUCCAUAUAUGCAGUAUAGACAAUACGUAUGUCAGUGCGUGUGUAAUAAUAGCUAUGUGCUGUGUGCAUGUUUGGAUUCGCAGCAGUGGUUGCAUGAUUGGCAAAGGUGCAACCGUACGUGUGUAAGCUCGAUGAGUAUAGUAC